AUGUCACUCCGACAGUCUCUAAGCGUCAUUUUCGGUUGCGCGAUCCUCGCCGCCGCACUUCCAGCAGGCGUCAACAGGCCGGAUGCUCAAUGCAGAGAUAUUCGAAUUCCGGUCACCGUCGAGGUGCCGCGUUUUCUCAUCAGCACCAGGGUCCAGGAUGACUGGGACGCUGUGGCCCUGAGCUUCAACCUCACGCAGCGCAAUGGCCCGUCUGCCGUCACCGGCACCACGGCCCCCGUGAAAAGCACAUACGAGGUGGGAGCUACAUACUGUGGGAACGGCUCGACAACGCUUAUACUCACACACGGAAUUUUGGAAUCCAAAUUGUACUGGCAACCUGAUUUCCCAGAGGCCGAGAAGUAUGACUUCAUCACUGCUGCCGUCAAUGCGGGCUACUCGGUCCUAAGCUAUGAUCGCAUCGGUGUAGGCUCGUCCUCAAAGAUUGACUCCCUGAUGGACGCCCAAUUCCAGGUUCACAUAGCAGUGCUAGACGCAUUGAUCGAGCGCGAACGCAGCCAGAAAGCCGAAAACAAGAUCGCACUGGUUGGCCACAGCUACGGCGCGUACCUCUCCGCGGCUACCGCCGCGCUGUCGGACCAGAUCGACGGCGUGGUCCUGAUGGGCUUCGGAGGUGGAUUCGGGUACUUUGGCCCGUUCGUCGCGGGCUCGGGGCUGCGCGUUGCCAAGUUCCGCGACGAGGAGCGGUGGGGCGCUCUUGACGCUGGAUGGCUGACAACGGUGGACAAGUAUGCCGACACGUACAUCUAUUUUGGUAUGCCUGGUGACUUUGAGCACCGUGCGGCCGAGUGGACUCACGCGCGGGCAAGCGAGCCCUUUGCAAUCGGCGAGAUCCCCUCACUAAUUUCGACCCCCAUCGUCUUUGGCGAUAUCAAAACGCCUGUGCUGCUACUGCAGGGACGAUACGACCUCUCGGCCUGCGGCGGAGACUGUGUCGGGGAGAUCGAGGCCUGGAAGGGAAACCUGACUGGAUCGCCUGCUGUGGAGGUGGUUGAAGAUCUACCGACCGGACAUAACAUCAAUCUCCAUCUCGUCGCACCCAAGGCAUUCGGCAUAAUGUUUGACUUCCUGAAACGAAACGGGAUAUGA